AUGAAACUCAAUUCAGUGCUGUUCUCGCUGCUCUUUGUGGGGACGUGCUCGGCCUACACUUAUCAAAACGUGGCCUUGCGAGGAAAAGCGACACAGUCAGAUCGUUGGGAGAAUAUAUUCGGAUCUGCCUACAAUGCCAUUGAUGGAAACCGUGACUCUCGUCUUGCGGCUGGCUCAUGCAGCCACACUGAUAGUCAGACCAACCCCUGGUGGAGGGUGGACCUGCUGGAUACCUACGUGGUCACAUCCAUCAUCAUCACCAACAGAGGAGACUGCUGUGCAGAAAGGAUCGAUGGAGCAGAGAUUCAUAUUGGAAACUCUUUACGAGACAAUGGUGCAGCAAACCCAGUUAUUGCUGUAAUAUCCAGUAUCCCAGCAGGCAGAUCUUACACAGUAACUGUUACAAAACAUGUGGAGGGACGUUAUGUGACUGUGGUUGUACCUGGUUUAGAAAAGAUCCUCGCACUUUGUGAAGUGGAAGUCUACGGAUACCGUGCUCCAACUGAAGAGAACCUGGCAGUCCGAGGAAAAGCCUCACAGUCAUCACUGCAUUCAUUUGGCCACGCAUAUAAUGCCAUAGAUGGGAAUCGUGACAGUGUCUGGGGCCGGGCCACCUGCAGCCACACAGGAUAUGAUCUCAACCCCUGGUGGCGACUGGAUAUGGGGAAAACCCAAAAAGUGUUUUCUGUCAACAUUGUCAGCAGAGAUGGUGACCCACACCGACUCAAUGGAGCUGAGAUCCGCAUCGGAAACUCUCCUCAACACAAUGGCAACAACAAUCCAAGGUGUGCGGUGAUCAAUAACAUCCCUGCAGGUGUUUCCCAAACGUUCCAGUGUAACGGGAUGGACGGUCGCUAUCUUACCAUAGUCAUUCCUGGAAGACACGAGUACCUCAUCCUAUGUGAGGUGGAGGUGUAUGGCUCUGUAUUGGAUUAG